AUGCAGGUGUCCAAAUCCGAAGAGAAAUGUUUUGAACUAAGGGCAAAAAAAGCAAUUGACGGUAAAGGAAUUUAUGACCAUACGUUGCUCGGCCAAAAAAAUGUUGUUCGGAUGGACAGUCCAUCCGCCCAUGGCGGAUUGAAGCUGGCACUCGACACACAAGUUCACCUUGCACUUAUGACAAAGGAUGGACUCCAUAUGGCACCCUCCUACGCUAACUUCCCCGCUUUUUUUGCUUAUAAUUCAAUGGAUGGAGAUGUAUCUCUUGACAGUGUAAACACGUGCAUUGCUUUCUCAAUCUACUUCAGCGUUGCGAGGAGUCUUACAUUCUCCCAAUCCUAG